CUUUUACGUACAACCAGCUCCAUUUUAAAGAAUCAAUGUCUUCAACAACCCUUGCACCAUUCGCUGACCCUUUGUGGUACACUCGAGGCAAUUCCCCCUACUACAAAGAGAGUCAUAUCCGGCUACGAGACGAAGUCAGAGAGUAUGUGAGCACGCAUAUCGCCCCGAAUUGCGAAGAAUGGGAAAAGAAUGGGGCUGUCCCUCUAGAGGCUUCUAGGCAUUAUGCCGAGGCUGGCUUUAUGGCGGCCUCCAUCUUUCCGCUGCCAGUCGAAUAUCUCGGGAAUAUCCGACUUCCCGGAGGUGUGAAGCCAUCUGAAUGGGACGAAUUUCACGACCUCGUCUUUAUGGAUGAGGUCGCGAGAUGCGGAUACUUGGGUGUUUUCUGGGGCUUGGCGUGCGGUAAUAUUAUCGGCGCGCCUCCAAUUUUCCGAUUCGGGACAGAUAGCCAGAAGCAGAAAUACGUCGGUGAUAUUCUCAGUGGAAAGACGCGCUUCUGCUUGGCCGUCACUGAACCUGAUGCUGGGUCGGAUGUCGCCGGCCUGACCACCACGGCUGUCCGAAACGGUAACAAGUAUGUUGUCAACGGGGCAAAGAAGUGGAUUACGAAUGGCCUUUGGGCCGAUUAUUGCACAGCCGCAGUGCGCACUGGAGGGCUGGGUAAGGAGGGUAUUUCGGUCUUGAUUAUCCCCCUUGACGCGCCGGGCGUGACCCGCAAGCGGAUUUACAACUCUGGAGUCUCCGCCAGCGGCUCUACGUACAUCGAAUUCGACGAUGUCGAGGUUCCGGUAGAGAAUUUGAUCGGCGAAGAGAACCGAGGAUUUCCUAUCAUUAUGUCCAACUUUAACCACGAACGAAUCUGGCUUGCCAUCACCGCUCUUCGACUGGCUCGCGUAUGUGCUGAAGACUCGUAUCUUCACGCGAUUAAGCGAGAAACCUUUGGCAAGAAACUCAUCACGAACCAAGUCAUCCGCGCGAAACUGUCCACUGCCGGAAGAUCUAUUGAUUCUGCCCACGCAUAUCUCGAGCAGCUUGUAUUCAUGCAAGCCGAGUCCAAACGGCGCAAUGGGUGUGAUCCUGUUGGUAUCGGUGGCCUCAUCGCAAACUGCAAAGUGUUGGCCGGCCAGGUCCUGGAACGCACAAACAGAGAGGCACAGCAGAUUAUGGGAGGAGUUGGGUACUCCAGACAAGGAAGAGGCAGUAGGGUGGAACAGAUCAGCCGUGAUUUGCGAGUAAUGGUGGUUGGGGGAGGCAGUGAGGAGAUCUUGACUGAGUUGUCCAUUAAUCAAGAAGCAAAGACCCUCGCUGCGGCCAAGCUGUAGAUAUUUAGAAUAGUAUUUACGACGGGGUUGUGGAACGGGGGAUCCAAAAUGCAUCAUUGAACCAACAUUUGCC